UCUUGAGAGAGAAAUGGCGAGACAUUUAGAAGAUAUAAUGAGCAUGGCGACAACAACACACCUCCAUGUUAGUUACCUUUUUCAUGUUGUGUUCUUGGCUCUAUUCAGCUGUUGUGUCCUCUCGGCUCUGUUACUCUCAUGUGCCGACGGAGCAUCCAGCGACAGCGACCUAGCCUAUUCCGGCAACACCCCUGAUGCCGGAGGUGCCGGCUGCGCUGGCUGCUGUGGUGGUUGUGGAGAUUAA